GGCCGUUUCGUGCAUGGGACCUUAUUGACGUCACUUCCUUAAUUUUCCUGCGCAUUUCAUUCGCGCAUCUUGGAGAAGGCAGUCUCUAUCCAAAAUAUUCGCAUAAUUGCAGCAUUUAGUGUUGGUUGUUGCGAGCUCUCUGGAUUUUUUGCAAAUAAAGGAUCCCCAGGAAGAUCGCCAGGCCUCAAGUGUGUCACUGCCUCGUUUUAGCAGAGACAACCUUGUCGACGAGUAGCAUGAAAAGCAAAAUGCCAGGAUUUUGUGACACAUAUUGUAUCUUAUCGAAAAUAUCAGAUGGUAAAGAUCCGUUAGAAACUCAGUUCUGAGCAAUCGCGGCGCCAUUGGGCGUGAUUUCUCCAGGCGAGGGAGAGCAUCGCUGCAGACAGGAGCGUAAUUGGUCACUCGCAUUGCUUCCAAAGUCAGAAUUUUAAGUGACUCUGAGCACUGAAACAUGAUCAUAUAUAAAUGUGUAUGAACUUUUAAGUGAUCAGACUCAAGACAUUUACAAAGCAUCAUCCUCACUGUUUGUCAUAAGAUCGGAUGCACUGAGCGUUGUAUUGGACUGGGGUUUCAAAUUUGUUAACCAUUGUCCAGUUUACAGUAUUCUUGAACGGAGGGCAGGGCGCCAGAACAUAAUUCACCCUUUUAAAAAAUAUAAUAAUACAUUGAAGAUCAGAAAAACAGUGUUUAAAGCGGCUUGACUGAUAUGCUAGCAGUCUGUAAGUGAAAUGCAACCCGUGCAAACUUACAUUGAAAAUAAGCACAGUUCAUGAGACCAUUGGCAAUUCAGAAGGAUCUGUUUAUCUAGUCACAUCAGUAAAUUUCAGCUUAUUUUGGGAAGUACUUCACAACAUAUUCCCACAAAGAGAAAAGUGCAGCUGUCUCAUUUUUUUCAACCUACCAUUAGCAUAACUGACAAAUGACCAGUCCAGCUGCUAUGUCACUUUCAAAAAAAGGGGGGCGAUCUCGGGAUAACUCCAAUUCAGAGGCUGCUGGACGGCUGGCCAACUGGCAAGGUCCGGAUAGCCUUGUAUACUCUGUGGGUGGCUCAGAAUCACCAGAUGUUGAAGCCAUGCGUGCAGAUCCUAAUUUGGAUGAUAUGCAGAGUUCUUUAGAAACUGCUUCUCUGAAGGAUGAAAAAGAUGCUAAACUACUUAAAAAGACUAGUGUGGGCUCAGUAGUGGUUGAUCCCACAACGAAGAAACAAGUAUCGGUUACUGUACCUGGUCAGAACAAGGCAAAAUUUACUGUGCCUGGGCGGCCAACCCCCAAAGCUGAUCUUGAUGUCACUAAAGAGUUAAAGAAAUGCAAAGAAGAAGGUGCAGAACGUUUGGACCUUAGCAAAUCACAAAUUUCCACUCUGCCAAAUACUAUCAAAGAGCUGACACAGCUUGUGGAGUUAUAUCUGUAUGGCAACCGCUUGUGCUCACUGCCACCAGAAGUGGGUUUUCUGACCUUUCUACAGACACUUGCCUUGAGUGAAAAUUCUAUAACAUCAUUGCCAGAUUCCCUCUCUGCACUCACUCGCCUCCGAGUUUUGGACUUGCGACACAACAAAUUGCAAGAGAUACCUAAAGUGGUUUAUCAGCUGAGAUCAUUGACCACAUUAUUUCUCCGUUUCAACAGAAUACGAAUUGUAGAAGAAGAUAUUCGAAAUCUUGUUAAUUUGACAAAGUUCAGUUUACGAGAAAACAAAAUUAAGGAGUUGCCAAGAGGAAUAGGACAGUUAGUAAACCUAGUGACCUUUGACAUUUCUCAUAAUCAUCUGGAACAUCUACCAGAAGACAUUGGUAACUGUGUAAAUUUGAACUCUUUGGAUCUUCAGCAUAAUGAGUUGCUAGACAUACCAGAGACAAUUGGCAACUUACGUGCUUUAAACCGACUGGGACUCAGGUACAACCGUCUCACAAGUGUACCACGGUCACUUGCUAACUGUGAACAUAUGGAUGAGUUCAAUGUGGAAGGAAACAACAUAUCACAGCUGCCUGAAGGUCUGCUGUCUAGCUUAUCUAAGCUGACAAGCAUCACAUUGUCUCGCAAUGCCUUUGAGAAGUAUCCAACGGGGGGGCCCUCCCAGUUCCGAUCAGUUUAUGCUAUUAACAUGGAGCACAACAAAAUUAACAACAUCCCAUUGGGAAUAUUCUCUCGUGCUGUAGCCCUCACCAAGUUGAACAUGAAGGACAACCAGCUGAGUGCCCUUCCUCUAGAUAUGGGGUCAUGGACUAACAUGGUGGAACUGAACUUGGGCACAAACCAGCUGACCAAGAUACCAGAUGACAUCCGAUCCUUGGAAAAGCUUGAAGUUCUUAUUCUUUCCAAUAAUGCCUUAAAAAAACUCCCUAAUACGAUUGGUGAGCUAAAAAAGCUGAGAGUUUUGGAUUUGGAGGAAAAUCGACUGGAGAGUCUGCCACAGGAGAUAGGUGCACUUCGAGAGUUGCAGCGCCUUGUUGUACAGGCUAAUCAGCUCACUAGCUUGCCUCGGACCAUUGGACUCUUGAAAAAUCUUCAGUAUCUUGGAGCAGGAGAAAACAACCUCACAUCACUGCCUCAGGAGAUUGGUACACUAGAGAAUUUGGAAUCUUUGUACAUCAAUGACAACCCUGAGUUGCACAGUCUGCCCUAUGAGUUAGCCUACUGUUCCAACCUGCAGAUUAUGAGCAUUGAAAACUGUCCACUCUCACAAAUCCCUGCUGAAAUUGUGGCUCGUGGGCCAUCGCUUGUAAUACAGUACUUGAAGCUGCAGGGCCCCUACCAGUAAUGCCUGUCUGCCAGAGGUCACCGACAACCUUGUCCCUGCCAGGGGGCCUUACAAGCCAAACCUGCACAGUGUGGCCAGGAGAUGAGACCUUUCCUGCACUAACUUUUAUCCAGAAAGUUGAAGUCAGGAAUCCACAAGUGCACUCUGUUAAUCAAGCACGACGAGGUGGAAAUGUGCAGUCCCAUUCAUGGAGAGAUGGUCUAGAUCUUAGGUGGUGUGCCAUGUUGCUGAAGUGCUCUGUUUAGCUUGCAAACGGCUGUCUUGUGUUCCUGCUUUAAAACCCUGCUUGCCAUGCAGGCUGGGGACCAAUGAGUUUGUGUUGAAGUGCAGAUGACUGCACCUAAAGCCAGCCAACAGUGUAUUAUGUGCAGGCUGCAGGUAACAGAUUGUGUUAUGUGCAGCUGCCAUGCUUCCAGCCCACGCAGAUUGUGGUGUUAAGCGUGCUGGUGCCACCAGCCAGCACAAAUUAUGGUGUUAAGUGCAGCUGCAGUGCCUGUAGCCAACAUGGUGAACGCCACCUGCAAAUUGCUGUACCUACAGUUUACACUUAAUUUGUGCUGAGUGCAAACUGCUGCUCCAGUCCAUUCACAGUUUGUGCAGAUGGCCUUAGCAACAGGCUUGGCAAGACAAUCCUUUGUGGUUACCAGCAAGAUCAUUUACAGAGAGCUUGUGAGAGAAAAUGUGCAUAUGUCAACUUCAUUUCGUGCAUGACUGAAAAAAUACAUGCUAUUAGUCCCAGCAACAAUGGUAGAAAAGGAAGUAACAAAGCCUGACAUAUACCUUAAUAAAGAAGAUGAUGAAGAUGUGACAUGUUACAACUGUGUGGAGGUGUGGCAUAGGCCACACAAUUGUCCCAUUGUCGUUUUGGUUCAGUUUCUUAAAACCUUUUUAUUUCGCCCUUUUCUUUCCCUUGAUCAGUGCUUAUUCUGUAUUCCAGUCUACGCUGAUGCACUAAACAUAAGAUCAAGAAUGAAAAGUCAGAAAACCCAGUUGAUGAGAUAAAAUCCAGUACUGAGGUCAUGAUUUUUUGUGGGUUCUAGGCAGCAGUCUUUCAGCCAGAUCAAGUGAAAGGGGGAAACUGGAGGGCAAGAGUACUAAUACAUUGAUGAUCCUACCUUGUAAAGAACACACUAAACGUUAGGUGGAAGAACUGAUAAAUUUAUGGACACAAAAAGGGAAUGUAGGCUAUCCAGAAAGUUCCAUUUUAUAACUAAUAUUUCUGUUUUUGUUAGAGAAUGAUGCCAGCGUUGUGUUAGUGCUCACAAAUGAGGUGAUGUUUAGAAAAAGUGGUUAGAAAGCAGUACGGCAUUGCUGUAGACAGUAAUGAACAUUAUUAGCAGAGACAAGGAUGGUACAAGAUCCACUGCUAGUUCUCAACAUCAGGCAAAAAGUACACUGCUAGAUUUGAGAAGUGGGUGGGAUAGAAUGUAGAAUAAUAGCAAGUUAGCUGGAUGUAGACUGAAAGAGUGAGAUGUGUGAACUUGAAUAUAGAGGUUAAAAGUGAGUAAUUGAUGUAGACUGAUUGGGUUUGAUGUAGAAUGAAAGGUGAGGGGAUGACAGAGCAAAAUGUAGUGUGAUGUGGAGUCUCUGUUUGUCUACCAUCGUCUUUGUUCCCAUUCUGAUGGUGCUUUUUCUAAGAUAGAUGCAGGCUCAUAAUGAAUUCUUAGGUAUGUUUACUGCUCAAACUGUGAUGUUGUAUUUUACUUCUUUUUAAUUGCGCUAGUGUGUGUAUGAUACGUUUGUGUCUGUGGGUGCAAGUAAUUAUCAGAGAGGAACUGACCAAGAGUUUAAACCAACCUCUAAUCCACAUAUUGAGAAAGGUCCUGAAUUGCUGUAAAAGUGGACAUGAGAGAGAAAUGAAGUAUGCUAGUGGCAAGCUAGCUACCCCAAUAGCCUAGCAUAUGUUCAGAGAUAAUGUACUGAUGGACAGCUGUAAGCACCAGUUACUUAGCAGUGCUCCUUGGCUGUGCUUUGAGUAUUUCCCUUUGUUAGGCAUAUCCCAAUUUUUGUGCAAAUGGGAAUAAAGGAUAUGAGUGUAUUGGUGUAUCUGUGUAAAUAUAUUAGAGUGUAUUACAAUUUUUACCAAAUACAGUGGAGUGGACAUAGUGUUCUGUAUUCCAGUACAUCUUUUUCAUAAACACAUGAAACGUAUCUGCUGUUCUGUAUUUCAGUUCACAUAUAAUAUAAACAAUUUAGCAUUAUUUGUACUGCAGGGCCUGUAUACCAUGAACAUUUUAAAAAGUAGUAUUUGUAUUUGUAUGGCAAGGCCUGUGUACCAUGAACCUUUGAAAGUAAUAUUUAUGUCUGUAUUGCAAGGUCUAUAUACCAUAAACAUUUUAACUUUUUUAUCUGUAUUGCAAGGCCUCUGUACCAUGAAUAUUUGACAGUAACUUUUUUAUCUGUAUUGCAAGACCUGUAUAUUACAAACACUUGAAAGUAACAUUAUUAUCUUCAUUACAAGGCAUAAGUACAAGAGAUUACUGGGAUAGUUGUGCUUAUUUUGUCUUGUUUGUAGCAUGUUCUGGGGUAGCAGCAUGUCCUGCUUUUGUGAUAGCAUCAGCAACAAUGAGAAGAAAAUGACAUGAAAUCUUCAGUUAAUGAACUAAUAAGUUUCCAUUGAUAUAAAUUUGGCUGACUGUCUUGAAGAAUGUGCAUGUAUGUGUGUGCAUGUGUGUUCACUCUUGAGAUCAUUUGUCUAGGAGAUGCUUGUUAUAUUAAAAUAUAACAUGGCAGGAACUGAACCUAUUUGGAAAAGUGGUGAGACUCCAAGAAAAAUCAAGCACUAAUGUAAGGGAGCUAAUACUCUUAAAAGUAUCUGCAUUUCAUGUACCUGACCUUUCUUACCCUUUAACAGGGUAUACUGAACUGAUAUGCUAUAAAUCCUUUCAGUGGAAUAAUUUGUGUAUAACAGACCUAGACUGUUGUAACACACUAGGUCCACACAAGGUUUCUUAAACUGCACAUUAGAAAAAUGUCUAGCUGUUAUUUGUUUAAACGAAGUCAUUAGAGACAAAAAUAUGUAAAGUACCUAACACUUGUAGUCAAUUACUAGACACUAUAAGUGGCACAUAAGAGCAUGAACAAAAACAAAAGUGUUUAUAAGUAACAACACUAUUUUAGAUUUAUAACACAUGCAAGACCCCAGCAUGGUGGCCAAAAUGAAUAAAAGACAAACAUCAUUUAAGGCAAAAAGUUACUUAUCAAAACUAGAGCUAAUUAUUCCAAAAUUUGGCUGGAUGGGUUGUGAUCACACAAAACCUUACUGACCACUUACGAUAGGUACUCAAUAAACUGUACAUGAAAAUGGCCCCUCCCACCAUCAGUUGUAAGCUGCAAUGAAGUCAAAACUCUAGCUUAAAGUUUCACUAUUUGAAAAACUGUAAUUUUUCAUACUUUUAAAUAUAUAUAGCCUGUCUUGCAGUAGAUUAAAAUAAUGUGAUGCAACAUUUGGUGUACAAAAUUCUUACCUUUACCUAACUACUAAUUUACAAUUAUGUCACUGUUUGCUAGAAGACAGGAAAUUUAGCUCACUGAAAAUAUCAGUUGUCUGUGGCGCUAGCAAAGUGCAUCAUGUUCACUUUUCAGAUUUUAAGAACGGCUGUGAAGUGUAUUGUCAUGGUCAGCAUCACAUCUGUUAAGUCCAAAAUGCAUGCACAAAACCUGCAAUACAUGACCAUAAAAUAACCAGUGACUAACCUGCCCAAAUAUUUUGAGAUCGCUUGGAUGUUCUCGAUGCUUACCCCUACCACUAUCCCCAACUUCCACCAAAGCAUCAAGAUGCUGCCUCAGAUAUUAGCCCUAGCCAGUCAAAGUGGUGUGGAGAGCCAGCUUGUGUUAAGCAAGUCAGCACUGUUCCUCUGCUACAGUCUUGAGGGCUGUGGGGGUCAUCUGUCUCAGAAUUUAAAAACUUGCAUUCAUUUCCAAUAUUUCUCUUAUUCAGGUGCAAAGAUUCCAUAUUUGAACCUUCAAUACUGUGACCACAUAAACAGCUGUGAAUGAGUUUCUAGUGGAGUCAAACUGCAAGGAUUAUUGGAAAAAUAGACUGAGAAAAAAGGUGCAAAGAGGCAUGGGAAACAGCUAGUACUUAAUGCUGCUCCAGUUUGUGCCUGUAAAAUCUGUGCAUGGAAACAUGGUGAAUGUUUUCAUAUCCUGUACAGAAUAAAGCAACAAAAGCAGUAUUGGCAGGUAUGGGACUGUGUGUGCUAUUGGUGUUUACUGUAGUGAUCAUUUCUUCAUGCAUUUGUGUUUAGAUGUGCGUAUGUCAAGACCAGUGUGUAUCAGUAACUGCCAGUUGUCGUCAUUUACAGUGUAUAUAAGUAAGCUUUAUAUUAUGAAACUUAUUCCCAUCUUUUGUUCAUAAUAAAUAUUGUUGUUACUAA